UCAUCUGCCGCGCGCGGGAGGCGACGGCGGGGAAAGCCAAGCUCAAUGUAAAAAGCAGGGCUGUAAGAUCUCCUCAUCAGACAACGCAUUGACAAAAGGCGAAGAAGUACAAAUAACUAUGGUGAAACACUUUAGGAUAGGCCUCGAUGAGAAUUAUGAAAUAUCUGAAAAAUGGUUUCUUGACGAUUUGGAGAUGAUUGAUGGGAAAGAAGCUGAUACUGAUAAUCCGUGGUUUGAUAUGCAUUUCAAGAAAGUCUAUAGUUGGGAAGCUUAUAGCUGUGCAUCUAAAUACGCCUUUGCGCGGACAUUAAAUAAACUGAACGAGAUGUACCUCCAGAAGGACUUGAAGAUAGUCAACUUUGAUUUUACCUACAUAAAUGAUGGUUCACUCUGGUCAUCUAACAAUGGGGAUGACUGCUUAGUACUCAUGAGAAUCUGCUUCUAUGCAUCCAACCUUUUGUGUCUGUCUCUGUGCCCUCUGCCUGUCUGACUAUUAUCACUCUCUCCGGAUUUGGAUACAAUUUCAAAAUAAGGUUUUUAAAUCGUUCAAUUCCGUACUGUCAGGGUUUCGAUUUUUCAUAAACGGUUACAAUUUUUUAUAUAAAUUGUUCAUCUCAAAGAGAGAGUCUUGAUAAGUAUAUGUAUGUGCUUAAAUAUCUAUUUCCAACCACUUAUUUCACCAAAAUUGAAACACAUAUUCAGGCUGCGUUCCUGUAAUCACAUACCCCAUUGGACUCCAUGGUGUUUCCUCUGAAUAGACAUGUAUAAGAUUGCAAUAUAGCCACAACUACACAAAACUGUAUGUUAGUUUUAUACCGGUCUAACUGGUCUGGCUUCUCCCAAAGAAACCUGGGAACUGUAGUCUGGCAUGUGUUGGUGCUUUAGGAGGCAAGGAAUUGUCUCCCGUCCCUUUGUUACUGUGCAUGCAAUAAACUGCAGUGGGCAGGAGCGGCAAAGACAAGUCGUGU